GAGCUGCUGCCUGGCCUGGCGGGAGCAGCAGGUGCGCGCACACCCUAACAGCUGGCGGCCGCUGCGCUCAACCGGCUCCUCAGCCUCGCAGCAGCGACAGCCCCCGCUGCAGCGUAGCCGCAGCGCGAGUGUGGGCGAUCCGGGGCUGGCUGCGGCGGCGGCAGCCGCGGCCAUGGGCGGUGUGAGCGGCGGCGGACCUGGGGGCGGGUCUCAGGGCCUGCAGCAGCGGUCUAGCUACUCGGGAGUAGGGGGUUUGGCGGGCAUGGCAGCUGGCAGGUUCGGCGCGGGAGGCGGCAUCACCGGUGGGGGGUUGCUGUCAGGCCCCGGGGCCCUGGCGGCCACCAGCGGGGCCGCAGCAGCGGUGUCAACCGGCCCGACUCGGAAUCCCUCUCCGGGCAGAUUGCCGGGCUCAGCGUCAGCCGCCUCCGCCGCCGCGGCGGGUACUACUAGCGCUGCUGGUGGCAGUGGCAGUGGCAGCGGUAGCGGUGGCGCCCCCAGCAUGGGUCGUCUGCGCGCCUCCCUGGCCGCCAUGUUGCACUUCAUGGCCACCCUGGAGCAGUGGGUGGCAACACAGCUGGUGCAUGACGCAUGGGUGCAACUGGAGCAGGCCCUUGCUGCCUCCCGGAGUCUGGACGACGUGUGUGCGGCGCACACCGCCUACACCGUGACACUGCUGCGCCGCUGCUUCAGGUACUCGGGCGAGGAGGGCAGUCGGCACACGGGGGUUGCGCUGCGCAAGUGUCUGGACGCCUGCCUGCGCUUCGCAGCGGCCAUGAGCGGUCUGUCGAGCGGGG